AAAGAAGCCGCGCUCGCAAUCGAAGCAUUCCCCAUACCCAGCAAACCUGACGUUCGCAUCCAACCCAGAGAUAAUUCUACAACCUGGGCAAUGGUCACCACCAUACACCGAAAGAAGCCAAGGUCAUAGACAACAUUUCGUUCUCGAGAAGCAGAAUAUUCCUCACUUCAAGUCGCGCGUUUUCAGGCAUUCUUGUGUUAGCCAGCGGCAAGGUUGGGAAAUCGUCCGCCAGCAGCGCAACCGACGUAAUUUGCAAGAUAACCCUGAUCACCCCGACCUUAAAGAAACACGCGGCCGGAAACGGAUCCCUACACCUAACGACCUAUAUUCGAUGGAGAAGCCAAUCUAGGAAUACAGCUUCGAGGCCCAAGUUUUUUCCUAGCAAUCGCUAGCCUACGAAGCAGGCGUUGCAACUGACGUUUGCUGGCGAACGAUUCAACGGGCACUUGGCACGCUGGGGUACCGUAAAUGUAUAGCGUGCCGAAAGGGAUAGGUCUCGAAGGCACUGCUAAAAAGCGUCUCAAGGCUGCAACUAUAGCCCUCCGGGAACGCCCAAUACCUCAGCAUUGGUACGAUAUCCGGUGGUCCGACGAGGUACAUUUUUCUCUUGGAUGUGAGGGCCGGGCUAUGACUUUUCGAAAACCUGGUGAGCGGCACUGCUCAGAUUACAUUCAAGAAGCUCGGGAGCCGAACCAAAGCAUCUUACACGACUUUACGCCUAGGCAGCGAUCGUGUGGGAUUUCAAGUCAGAACUCUACUUCUACGAGGUCCCAGGCAACACGAACGGGUGUAACGGCACGGCUGGUCGGAUCGGCAACGCCCGGCGACAGGCGUCAGUUGUUACAGCUUCAUAGUGCAGCCAGUGAUUCAAGCUGUCGGAUUGAAUCAUUUGUACCCUUUUCUAGGAAUAUGGCGCAACGGUAUGGCUGCACGUUGUGUGCCGUUACAACGGGAAGAUGUCGAUACAAGUAUAUCGGGAGGAAAUCCUUAAGAAGGUUGUUGGUUCCCGGCUUGCGCGUAGAGAUCAGUUUGUCCUAGAGGAAGACGGCGGUUCUAGACAUAGUACGGGUAAGAAAAACAUCGUCCGAGACUGGAAGCAACACCACGGUUUAAGAC